AUGCGUUACGAUGGUUCUCUCGACCAAGGCCAAGAAAAGGGCCCGGACAUUGAGCCCUCGGUUGUGCGAGAGCAGCUCGGUAACGGUACUGCUGUUACUAUUACCCAUACACGUUGGUGGAAGGACCGAGGACUGAGAAGCCUCAACAUGCGCUUGCUUGCCAUCUUCCUCACCCCGCUGAUGAUAGGGUACGACGGCACCCUUAUCGGCUCGUUGCUGUCCAUGCCCCGUUGGUACCGAGAUCUCGGUCUGAGCCCCGAGGACGGCAGUCUCGUCGGGUUGAUGGGUGCCGGUUACGCAUUUGGUGCGAUGAUCGCCUUCCCCGUCUUUAGCUGGGCCGCGGAUACCUUUGGCCGAAGACUCGUGAUCAUGUUAGGAGACGUCAUCGUUCUCGGCGCCGGCUCCAUGCUCGUCGCCUCCAGCAGCCCGGUCCUGCUGACGGAGAUCGCACACCCCCGGCAGCGAAGUCUGCUGGUCGCCGGGUACGGCUCUCUGUUCUUCGUUGGAUCAAUAGUCGUCGCUUGGGUCUCCUUCGACAGCCUGUACACUCCCACUGAAUGGAGCUGGCGGAUCCCGACAUUGCUGCAAAUCAUCCCGCCCGCGCUUCAACUGCCACUGACGGCCAUGGUGCCCGAGUCCCCAAGAUGGCUCGUCUCGCAGAACCGUCAUGAAGAAGCUAGAAACAUGCUCGUGCGGUUCCACGCGAACGGCCGAAGCGACGACGGUGACGAGGGCGUGGCGACGGAGUACGCCAUGAUCCGCCGCGCCAUCGAGCUGGACCGCCGGGGCACAGCAGGCUGGCUCGCUUGGAUACGGGGCCCGGGAAACCGCCGGCGCCUCCUCUUGGUCGUCUCCUGCACCGUCUUUGGGUCGUGGAGCGGCGGCAGCAUCAUCAAUGUCUACCUCUCGAUGGCCCUACGGAAAGUCGGCAUCACCUCGCCGGCCCAGCAGACGGGGAUCAACGGCGGGCUGCAGGUCUUCAACCUCUGUGCCGCGCUCCUCGGCGCCGGCCUCGCCGACAGGCUCGGGCGCCGCCCGCUCUUCCUCGCCUCCGCCGUGGUCAUGCUUCUGGCCAUGGUAGGCUUCACCGUGGCCACGGAGCAGUUCGUCGAGCGCGCCCAGCCGGCGUCGGGCGUGGCGCUGGUGGUGAUGGUCUUUCUGUUCCAGUUCGGCUACGACCUGGGGUAUGCCCCGUUGACGCCGAUGUAUAUAUCCGAGAUCUGCGCCUACCACCUGCGGGCUAAGGCCAUGGCUCUUCACUAUUUCUUCAUGUACGCCUUUAGCGCAGUCGGCCUGUACGCCAACCCCGUCGCGCUGCAGGCGUUGAGCUGGAGAUACUAUAUCGUGUACGUGGGCAUAUUGGUAUUCGAGGUUGCUUUUACGUACUUCAUGUUUCCGGAGACGAAGGGUUAUACUCUAGAGGAGGUUUCUGCUAUCUUCGACAAAGGGGAUUCGGAGUUUUCGAGGGCGCACACCUAG